CAACCGCUGAUUUCUUGCCGUUUCUAAUAUGAAACGUGCAAUUAAACAUGGCGGCCAGUAUUAGCCGCAAAAUGACCAAGUUAUGAUGAACUCUCGUCUUCUGUUGUGUCGUGCCUGUUCGCUGCAUCGAGCCGUGGUCUUCUACCGGCAUGUCUCUAAUUCCAACAAGCCCAGUCUCCGUUGGUUGCAUCAAUAUAAAGCACGAUUCUCGAGAGUCAAGCCUAAAGAACGUCUUCUGAGUGAUUCGUAUGGCCAGCCUAAAAGUACUAAUGCUUGUCAAAGCAAGCCAAAGUCAACUUCAGUGGCACUGAUUGGAAAGACAACAUGUGGUGUAGAGGCCCAGGAAAGUCUCUCUCAUGUAGAGGAGAAGAGCGAUGACACAGAGGAGGAGUGGGUGGAACAGAAAAUUGAUUGGAAAAAAUUGCCAAGACAGUACAUGCAGCUGUCAAAGAUCAGACUAACAGGUCUUGUGGUAAUCACAGAAAUGGCUGGGUAUGCCAUUGCACCAGGGGCCAUGAAUCUUAGUACUUUUCUUUGGGCUGGACUAGGAACAGGCCUCUGUUCAUCAUCGGCAAAUGCAUUUAACCAGUGGCUAGAAGUUCCUUUUGACUCACAAAUGAGCCGCACACAAAACCGUGUUCUUGUCAGGGCCCGUUUGAGCCCUCUUCAUGUGGUGCUGUUUGCCAUGGCAACUGGUGUAAUGGGUGUUUCUGUAUUAACCAGUCAAGUCAAUGGAUUAACUGCUGCCCUGGGGGCAGCCACCCUGAUACUCUACACAUCUGUCUACACCCCUAUGAAGCGUCUGAGUAUUGUGAAUACUUGGGUGGGGUCAGUAGUGGGAGCAUUGCCCCCCCUGAUGGGUUGGGCUGCUUGUACUGGAGGAAUAGAUGCUGGUGGAUUAGUGUUGGCAGGAAUUUUGUACUCUUGGCAGUUUCCACAUUUUAAUGCUUUGAGCUGGAAUCUCAGAGCUGAUUAUUCAAGAGCUGGUUAUCGCAUGAUGUGUGUAACAAAUGCACCCCUGUGCAGACGGGUGACACUGAGACACUGUUUAGCAUUGGUUGGUCUUACAACACUUCUACCAGCAUGUGGAGUCACAACAUGGUGGCUGGCUUUAGACUCUUUACCACUUAACUUUUGGAAUACUUAUUUAGGAUAUCAGUUUUAUAAAGACUCAGAUUCAAGGUCUGCAAGGAAACUUUUUCGGUUUAGUCUGAUUUACCUCCCAAUCCUCAUGCUUCUGAUUCUGUUUCACAAAAAGCCAAGGACAACGCAGGAAGAGGGAAUUGUUCAAGUGACAUAGCCAGCUUCUCUCCCUCCAUGAAGUUUUUAUCACACAAAUGUCAAGUCUUGAGGUCCAGAGAGGAAAAUGAGGGUAACCUUGUUUGCCAACUUUGUUUUGGGUCUUCAUCACUGAUGAAGUUGUUCUGACCUCUUGUAGUAUGUUUGUGGUAAGAAAGUGGUCCAUGUUAGAGGGGCUUCCACCAAUUGGUGUGGCUGAUGAAGCAGUUUUAGAGUGUUAAUUUGUCAAUAAGAUGUUCUAGACACAAAUUACAUUUAUUUAAGACAAGAUUGACUUCUUUAAAACAAUUUCAUGGCCUCCCUGCAAGAUAGUGUUUGGCAUGCACUAUUCAUGUUUUUUACAGAGAACUACAACUAGUGGCAGUGUUGGGCUUGCAUAAUGCGUACAUAAUUCAUUUUUUCCCUCAGA